AAAUUAAACAAAUAAGGAAAGCAGCUUUUGGCCAAAUUUUUAUUGUCUUCUCCUCUCUCUCUCUAUAUAUAUGUCGCAAUCAAAAGUGUGACUUUCAAUCACUCUUGCUUCUUCUCUCUGCCAUAGCCAAAAACUAACUAACAGGUUCAUGUCCCUCCAACCUCGCACCCCAUAAGAAAAUCCAACGUAAAAUUCCAGCGAUUCAUUGAAAUUUACCGACUUUGAAUAAUUGUCAGUGCUCGCUUUCUUAUUACUCCUACUGAACCCUGGUACAAACAAGACAAAUCAAGGAAGAAUAUAGGUUUUCUCUCAGUUAAGAGGAAGUGGAUAUGUCUGGAAUUAUAGGUCGAAAAUUGGCCAGCAGAGGCAUUUCUGCUUUCAAUAUAAACCAGUUCUUGCGGGAAAGCAGGGUAUUUACAUCUAGAACUUACUCUUCCACUGCUAAAGAGAUGACAGUGCGAGACGCUCUAAAUUCUGCUCUUGAUGAAGAAAUGUCUGCAGAUCCUAAGGUCUUUAUAAUGGGGGAAGAGGUUGGUGAGUACCAGGGAGCCUACAAGAUUUCAAAGGGGCUUUUGGAUAAAUAUGGUCCGGAAAGAGUUCUUGAUACACCGAUCACUGAGGCUGGAUUUGCUGGAAUUGGAGUUGGUGCCGCUUACCAUGGACUGAAGCCUAUAAUAGAAUUCAUGACAUUUAACUUCUCCAUGCAGGCAAUCGACCAUAUUAUUAAUUCUGCCGCAAAAUCCAAUUACAUGUCUGCUGGUCAGAUAUCAGUGCCAAUUGUUUUCAGAGGUCCUAAUGGUGCUGCAGCUGGAGUUGGUGCCCAGCAUUCUCAGUGCUAUGCAGCAUGGUUUGGUGCGUGUCCAGGAUUAAAGGUGCUUGCUCCAUACUCUUCUGAAGAUGCUCGUGGCCUGCUUAAAGCUGCUAUCAGGGAUCCAGAUCCUGUUGUUUUUCUGGAAAAUGAGUUGCUAUAUGGUGAGUCUUUCCCUGUUUCAGCUGAAGCUCUUGAUUCUAGUUUCUGUCUUCCCAUUGGAAAAGCCAAGAUAGAACUUGAAGGAAAAGAUGUGACAAUUACUGCUUUCUCAAAGAUGGUCGGCUCUGCUCUUAAGGCUGCUGAAAUUCUUGCGAAGGAAGGAAUUAGUGCUGAGGUUGUAAAUCUGCGCUCAAUCCGACCGCUUGAUAGAUCCACAAUUAAUGCAUCUGUCAGGAAAACCAACAGACUUGUAACUGUGGAAGAAGGGUUUCCACAACAUGGUGUUGGCGCAGAGAUCUGUGCAUCUGUGGUUGAAGAAAGCUUUGAGUAUCUUGAUGCACUAGUUGAGAGGAUUUCAGGGGCUGAUGUUCCUAUGCCAUAUGCAGCAAAUCUCGAAAGGAUGGCUGUUCCACAGGUUGAAGACAUUGUUCGAGCAGCAAAGAGGGCAUGUUAUCGAUCAGCACAAAAAUCAGUUCCCAUGGCCGCAACUGCUUAGGCCCCCAUGCUCGUUCUAAGAAUUUUAUAUCAUUUUGUGGAUAAUGAUUCUUUAUCCGCCAUCUCCGGGAAAGUUGACCAUGAAACAAGACUGACUAACUGAAGUGGCGGGCUACAGUAAAAAUCAUAGAAAAUAAAUUUUGCUGGUUCUUACUUUUUUCUCUUUACUUUUUUGUUAGACAAACAUGCGAACAGUUAGAAGAUAAAGAAGGAAGUCCAAAUGCAUCCGUUAGUUGUUUACCCAUAAAAA